GGUUACUCAUCCUAGGCUCAGGUAAGAGGACCCGGGCUGGGAGGCGGCACACCCAGGGGGACGCCGAGAGAGCAGGACAGAGCCAUGGGCCCCGCCGGGAAAGCAGAUGCCCGGGCAGUGAUCUGGAGCACAGCCUGGCUGUUCUUGCUGCCGCUACUGCUUCGCGAAGGAGCGCAGGCCCUGGAGUGCUACAGCUGCGUGCAGAAAGCGGACGAUGGAUGCUCUCCGCAGAAGAUGAAGACGGUGAAGUGCGCGCCGGGCGUGGAUGUCUGCACCGAGGCCGUGGGGGCGGUGGAGACCAUCCACGGGCAAUUCUCGGUGGCAGUUCGGGGCUGCGGUUCCGGACUCCCGGGCAAGAAUGACCGCGGACUGGACCUCCACGGGCUCCUGGCUUUCAUCCAGCUGCAGCAGUGCGCUCAGGACCGCUGCAACGCCAAGCUCAACCUCACCUCGCGAGGGCUCAACCCGGCAGGCAAUGAGAGUGCGUAUGAACCAAACGGCUCCGAGUGCUACAGCUGCGUGGGGCUGAGCCACGAGAAGUGCCAGGGUACAGCGCCGCCGGUCGUGAGCUGCUACAAUGCCAGCGACCGCGUCUACAAGGGCUGCUUCGAUGGCAACGUCACCUUGACCGCAGCUAACGUGACUGUGUCCUUGCCUGUACGGGGCUGUGUCCAGGAUGAGUCCUGCACCCGGGAUGGGGUGACAGGCCCGGGGUUCACCCUCAGUGGCUCCUGCUGCCAGGGUUCCCGCUGUAACUCGGACCUCCGCAACAAGACCUACUUCUCUCCUCGAAUCCCACCCCUUGUCCUGCUGCCCCCUCCAACCACUCCAGCUCCAACCACUCAUAUCCCAAGUACCUCUGUCCCCACUUCCACGCAAGCCCCAACUGCCGCCACCUCUACCACCAAACCCACCCCAGCCCCAACCAGCCAGACAACUCCCCAGGAAGUACAGCCUGAGGUCUCCCGGGAAGAGGGGUCACGAUUGGCUGGAGGUGCUGCUGGCCACCAGGACCGCAGUAAUUCGGCACAGUAUCCCUCCAAAGGUGACAGCCAGCACACCUCUAACAAAGGCACUACAACCUUGGGGGCCGGGCUGGCAGCUCUUCUAUUGGCUGUGACUGCUGGGGCCCUAGUAUGAGCUCUUCCACCUGGAAACUUCCCCUCACCUGACUUUCCUGGCUCGGGGUGCCAAAUCUGCCUUACUUCCGUUUCCCACCUCUGGACUGGGCUGGCCCAGCCUGGGUUCUUUAGAUGCCCUGGGUUCCUCCAGCUUCAGCUGCACUGGUUUGCGGCUUGGGGAAAUAGUUACCCUUGUAACUAUUUAACUAUAUAAGCUGCUGGGGUGUUCUGGCUUUUCCAAGCAGCAACUGCAUCCCCUCCUGGUGCCUAGGACAGAGUGAGAGAAGCCUGCUGUCCCAGGGAGGGUUGGUGGAGUGGAUGACAAACUUCUUGUCCAUUUUCCCAGGGCCCAGCUGCACUGUGGGUGCCAGGGGUCAUGGCUUCUGCCCUUGAGCACGGUCACAGGCUCCUGCAGCCUUCCACUCUAGACUGUGAGCUCCUCCAGGGCAGGGACUGUGCCUACAACUCUGUGUGGCCAGUUUUGGGCACAGAAAGGCUUCAAAUAAAGAUUUAAUACUUUGUACAGUG